UGAACACCAGAACAGGGUUUGCUGCCUAGGCGCUCUGGGGGAGGAGCCAUGGAUUAUUUAUCAUUAUCAUUGGCUGGGACCCUGGGCCACGCCCCCCGAUUUCUUGGCCUCCGCCCUUCCUCAAGCUUAGACCCCGCCCCUUCCCCUGAAUUUGGGUUGCAGUCCCGCCCUCUUUCCUAGUACUUCCUGUUCCCGCUAACCCUGGCGUUGGGCCCGGGGCCGAAGAGUGACCGUGCCGUGAGUGACCCGGGGCGUCCGAACCGACCGGGUCGGGCCGCGAAGCCAGACCCCAGGCGCUACUGGCGGCGCUCGGACCGCGCACAGCCUGCGCCGGGUCCCGUCGGACAGCGGGCUGGGGCUGACUCCUGUCUCAGGAUGCCGGGGGAGGAGGAGGAGCGGGCCUUCCUGGCGGCCCGCGAGGAGCUGGCGAGCGCCCUGAGGAAGGAUUCCGGGCAGGCGUUUUCGCUGGAGCAGCUCCGGCCGCUACUGGUCACCUCUCUGCCGCCAGCAGCCCGCUACCUGCAGCUGGAUGCUGCACGCCUGGUCCGCUGCAACGCUCAUGGGGAGCCCCGAAACUACCUCAACACCCUCUCCACGGCCCUGAACAUCCUGGAGAAAUAUGGCCGCAACCUCCUCAGCCCUCAGCGGCCCCGGUACUGGCGCGGGGUCAAGUUUAAUAACCCUGUCUUUCGCAGUACGGUGGAUGCUGUUCAGGGGGGCCGGGAUGUUCUGCGAUUGUAUGGCUACACAGAGGAGCAGCCAGAUGGGUUGAGCUUCCCUGAGGGCCAGAAGGAGCCGGAUGAGCAACAAGUUGCUACAGUCACACUGGAAGUACUGCUGCUUCGGACAGAGCUCAGCCUGCUGCUACAGAAUACUCAUCCAGAACCACAAGCACUGGAGCAGCUGCUGAAAGACAAGGUUGAAGAUGAUAUACUGCAGCUCUCAGAGUUUGCCCCCUUACUGAGAGAGAUUGAUCCUGGCCCCCUCACCACACCCUCUGCCCCAGCCUCCAUUCCUGGUCCCUGCUUCCUCUGUGGUUCUGCUCCAGGCACAUUGCACUGCUUAGCUUGUAAGCAGGGCUUGUGCCCAACUUGUGAUUGCCUCUUCCAUGGACACCCAGACCGUGCACAUCACCUCCGCCAGACCCUGCCUGUGGCCCCCCAGGCCACCCACCUGACCCCCAACUUACCUGCCUCAGCUCCACCACAGCCUCAGUCAACCUCCCUGCCGGCCCUGGGAGACAGCUCUGUUUCUUCCCCUGAUCCUGCAAGUGCCCGUCUUCCCUGGCACUGUUCUGCCUGCGCCAUGCUGAAUGAACCUUGGACAGUACUCUGUGUGGCCUGUGAUCGGCCCCGAGGCUGUAAAGGGUUGGGGCUGGGGAUUGAGGGUCCCCAAGGAGCUGGGGGCGUAGAACCCGAGCUUGCACGGGGUCACUGGGCCUGCCAGAGCUGCACCUUUGAGAAUGAGGCUGUGUUUGUGCUGUGUGCCAUGUGUGAGCGACCUCGGCUGGCUCAGCCUCCCAGCUUGGUAGUGGAUUCUCAGGAUGCCGGCGUUUGCCUGCAGCCCCUUCAGGAGGAUACUUUGCUCUCCUCUGCCCAGACUCCAGUGUGGUACUGCAUUCACUGUACCUUCUGCAACUCGGGCCCUGGCUGGGUGUGUGCUAUGUGCAACCGGACCAGCAGCCCCAACCCAGUACAGCAUACCCCUCAGCCCCUUGCCAGCUCUUUGGAAGAGCAACUCCCUGAACCAGGGCCUCCACGACGCCUCAGUGCCCCCCUGGCCAGUUCCUGUGGGGACCUUGAGAAGCAGCGCCAAGACAAGAUGCGGGAGGAAGGUCUCCAGCUAGUGCUCAAGAUCCGGGAAGGGGAAGCCGGAGGCGCCUGUCCAGAGGAGGUCUUCUCAGCUCUGCAGUACUCGGGCACCGAGGUGCCCCUGCAGUGGCUGCGCUCAGAGCUGCCCUACGUGCUGGAGAUGGUGGCUGAGCUGGCUGGACAGCAGGACCCGAGGCUGGGUGCCUUUUCCUGUCAGGAGGCCCGGAAUGCCUGGCUGGAUCGUCACGGCAACCUGGAUGAAGCUGUGAAAGAGUGUGUGCGGGCCCGGCGGAGGAAGGUGCAGGAGCUCCGGUCCCUGGGCUUUGAGCCUGAGGAGGGGUCUCUUCAUGCCUUGUUCCAACAUGGAGGUGACGUGGCACGAGCCCUGACUGAGCUACAGCGCCAGCGCCUAGAACCCUUCCAUCAGCGCCUCUGGGACAGUGGUCCUGAGCCCACCCCUUCCUGGGACGGGCCAGAUAAGCAGAGCCUGGUCAGACGGCUUUUGGCAGUCCACGCACUCCCCAGCUGGGGCCGGGCAGAGCUGGCGCUGGCGCUACUGCAGGAAACACCCAGGAACUAUGAGUUGGGGGAUGUGGUAGAAGCUGUGAGGCAGAGCCAGGACCGGGCCUUCCUGCGCCGCUUGCUUGCCCAGGAGUGUGCCGUGUGCAGCUGGGCCCUGCCCCGCAACCGGAUGCAGGCUCUGACCUCCUGUGAGUGCACUAUCUGUCCCGACUGCUUCCGCCAGCACUUCACCAUUGCCUUGAAGGAGAAACACAUCACAGACAUGGUGUGCCCUGCCUGUGGCCGCCCCGACCUCACCGAUGAUGCACAGCUGCUCAGCUACUUUUCCACCCUCGAUAUCCAGCUUCGAGAGAGCCUAGAGCCAGAUGCCUAUGCGCUGUUCCACAAGAAGCUGACUGAGGGCGUGCUCAUGCGAGAUCCCAAGUUCUUGUGGUGUGCCCAGUGCUCCUUUGGCUUCAUAUACGAGCGUGAGCAGCUGGAGGCAACAUGUCCCCAGUGUCACCAGACCUUCUGCGUGCGCUGUAAGCGCCAGUGGGAGGAGCAGCACCGAGGUCGGAGCUGUGAAGAUUUCCAGAACUGGAAACGCACCAAUGACCCGGAGUACCAGGCCCAGGGCUUGGCGAUGUACCUUCAGGAAAAUGGCAUAGACUGCCCCAAGUGCAAGUUCUCGUACGCACUGGCCCGAGGAGGCUGCAUGCACUUUCACUGCACCCAGUGCCGCCACCAGUUCUGCAGUGGCUGCUACAAUGCCUUUUACGCCAAGAAUACCCUCCAAUGUCUCAUCUCCCCCACCCCUACACCCCUCACGCAGGGGUUCCUGAGAGGCCAGGACCCCAACAGUCUCCAACUUCCCCUCUCCCAUCUGGGUUUCCGCCAGAAAUGUCCAGACCCUAACUGCAGGGUGAAGAAGUCCCUGCAUGGCCACCACCCCCGCGACUGCCUCUUCUACCUGCGGGACUGGACGGCUCCUCGGCUCCAGAAGCUGCUUCAGGACAAUAACGUCAUGUUCAACACAGAGCCCCCAGCGGGGGCCCGGGCAGUGCCUGGAGGUGGCUGCCGAGUGAUGGAGCAGAAGGAAGUUCCCAACGGGUUCCGGGACGAAGCCUGCGGCAAGGAGACUCCUGCUGGCUAUGCCGGCCUCUGCCAGGCGCACUACAAAGAGUACCUUGUGAGCCUCAUCAACGCCCACUCACUGGACCCAGCCAGCCUGUAUGAGGUGGAGGAGCUGGAGACGGCUGCCGAGCGCUACCUGCAUGUGCGCCCCCAGCCGCUGCCUGGGGAGGAUGCCGCCACCUACCACGCCCGCUUGUUACAGAAGCUGAUAGAAGAGGUGCCCUUGGGACAGAGUAUCCCCCGCAGGAGGAAGUAGCUGAGGGCAAGGGUCCCAAUGAAGGUCCCGUGAUCUGACUCCCCGGGAACACCUCCAGCACCAAUAAAGAGGCAUUUCCUUGCCCAGGC